AUGAGUAGUAAUCCUCAAUUAUUGACAAGACUGAAAUAUGAAAUGGAUUUGUUCAAAAAGGACCCUCCUCCAGGUGUACAAGUUUGGAAUGCCAAUGGUGAAAGAGUAGAUAGCUUAGAGGCAUCAAUUAUCGGUCCCGAUGAAACUCCCUAUGAACAUGGUAUCUUUAAAUUAACUAUCACAUUACCUACAAGAUAUCCAUUUGAACCUCCUGAUAUUAAAUAUGUAACAAGAAUCUAUCAUCCCAAUGUUGACGAUCAAGGAAGAAUAUGCUUGGAUACCUUAAAGAUGCCACCUCAGGGGUCGUGGGGACCUGCCCAUAAUCUUUCUACAACUCUUACAACUAUUCGUUUAUUGAUGGCUCAUCCAAAUCCAGAUGAUCCUCUUAUGAAAGAAAUUACUGAACAAUAUAGAAACAAUCACCAAUUAUUUAUUAAAACUGCAAAAGAAUUUACAAAGAAAUAUGCAAUCGAUUCACAACAACAACAAACUGUAAAUAAGAAACAAACAAAUGAAAAUGAAAAGAAUACAUCGACAUCAUCGACAACAUCAACAACUAGCACAACAGAAUCUAUUGAUUCUGAUACACCAAACAAAAAAAGAAAUAGAGACGACGAUGAAGAAGAACAAGUGGAAAAAGAAAAAGAAGAAACAUUGGAAAAAGGAUCAUUCAAACACCAAAAAACAAAUAAUGAUCCAGAAGAAACAAAAGAAGAAGAACCAGAGGAAGAACAAGAAGAAGAAGAUGUUUGGGAAUAA